AUAAACCUGUUUCUCUUUGCCCUCUUCAGGCCCCAGAUCUGAUUGGAUGGUUUUGUCAGAAUGACAGCCGAAGAUCCUGCUUCCUCGUCAACCAUGAGCAACAACACUGCCCCCCCCAAACCCUCCCAGCCAGCCGGAGCCUCACACAACCCUCUCCAUGGACAACUCAACGUCCCUGAGGGAGUUGCAGGUGCUCCCAAUGAGGCUGCACUGGUCACCCUGAUGGAUCGCACCGGCUACACGAUGGUCCAGGAAAACGGUCAGCGUAAAUAUGGCCCUCCUCCUGGUUGGAAUGCUACAUCUCCACCACGGGGGUGUGAAAUCUUUGUGGGCAAGAUCCCACGUGACGUUUAUGAGGAUGAGCUAGUCCCUGUGUUUGAGUCCGUAGGGCGUAUCUAUGAGAUGCGGCUAAUGAUGGACUUUGACGGGAAGAACAGAGGGUACGCGUUUGUGAUGUACACAGAGAAACACGAGGCCAAGCGUGCUGUGCGUGAGCUCAACAACUAUGAAGUGCGGCCGGGGCGGCUGCUGGGGGUCUGCUCCUCCGUGGACAACUGCCGUCUUUUCAUUGGUGGCAUCCCAAAGACCAAAAAGCGUGAGGAGAUCCUGGAGGAGGUCUCCAAAGUGACAGAAGGGGUGCUGGACGUGAUAGUUUAUGCCAGCGCUGCAGACAAGAUGAAGAACAGGGGCUUUGCUUUUGUAGAGUACGAGUCACACCGUGCAGCCGCCAUGGCUCGCAGGAAGUUGAUGCCUGGGCGUAUUCAGCUCUGGGGCCACCAGAUCGCAGUCGACUGGGCCGAGCCGGAGAUCGAUGUGGACGAAGACGUAAUGGAGACAGUGAAGAUCCUUUACGUCAGGAAUCUCAUGAUGGAAACCAGCGAGGAGACAAUCAGACAGGUGUUCAACCAGUUCAAUGCUGGAUGCGUUGAAAGAGUGAAGAAAAUCCGUGACUACGCCUUCGUCCACUUUACCUCCAGAGACGAUGCUGUCGUGGCCAUGGACCACCUCAAUGGCACAGAGGUGGAGGGGUCCUGCAUCGAGGUGACUCUCGCCAAGCCUGUUGAUAAAGAGCAGUACUCUCGCCAGAAAGCCUCCAAGGGAGCUCCAGCCACUCCAGAGCCGGCUCCACAGAACUACGUCUACCAGUGUGAUCCCUACACAUUGGCCUACUACGGUUACCCAUACAACACCCUCAUUGGACCCAACAGAGACUACUUUGUUAAAGGAUCCCCAAUGAUACAGAACAAUGCAGGUACUGUGCGAGGUCGUGGUCGUGCUGCUUCAGGUAACCGUACCCCUGGGCCACGGGGGUCAUACCUGGGAGGUUACUCUGCUGGUCGUGGCAUCUACAGCCGCUACCAUGAGGGCAAAGCCAAGCUCGACAAGCCCUAUGAGCUGAUGCCCAGUCUGGAGCUUGCUGCCUCUGUCAACUCCAUUGGCAUGAAACCUGGCACAAUGGGAAUGCAGACUCUGGGGGGGCAGUACCCCAUGUUCAGCACGGCUCCUACAGCCAAGCUGAUGGAGGAUGGGAAGAUGCAUGCGGUUGAGCACCUUAUGAACCCUCUGGCCAUGCAACACGCUGACCACAACAGCGCUAAUGGCGGUGCCAGCGUCCUCCCUGCGGUAUCUACCCCUCCUCCUUUCCAGGGCCGUCCUAUCACUCCUGUCUACGCCAUGGCCCACAACGUGCAGCGCAUCCCGACGGCCGGCCUGUACGGUGCCGGAUACGUCCCCAUCGCAAACUACGCUGCUAACUCGGCAGCUCUGGCCGCUCUGCAGAAGAACGCGGUGGCGGCCGCGGCGUACGGAGGAUACGCCGGUUACGCAAUGCCUCAGGCCUUCCCCGCCACAGCCUUCCAGCUGCCCCUCCAUGAUGUCUACCAGACAUAUUGAGUCGGAGGGUCAGACAUAUGAAACAUCAAAGAUACCCUGCCUGUGACUGAACCACCAACCCAACGUCUGUCCCAUCACACAGACACAUCUCUUGAACUCGUGAACAUCAAAAAGCUCUAAAGGAAUUUGAAGCAUAUAUUUAGAAAACAGAAACAAUGACAUCUCAUAUCUGUCCUGGUCUAAGUAUGUAUUGGAAACAAGGCAACCAUAUGACUGGCUUAGUUAUGCAUCAUUACUGACUUAUAACACACAUAGAGAACAGUCUAAUCACUGAGGAAACCUACCUGCACCGUCCUCCCACGAUAAGAAUUAACUCAUAAAGACAACCAUCAGUAUGAGUUUCUCUCUGUCUUUGACACCCGCCAAACACUGAAGGUACAUUCAAGUAUUUAUGAAGAGAAAAUUACUUUUAUUCUCUGUAGGCUUCUCUUAUUAAUGAAUGGAGUGGUCUUUGUUCUCUGAAGCAGGAAAGAUAGAGCUUUACAUGUUUGUUUUUUAACUGUAAAAAUGUGGGGGUGAAGAGAAGGAAAAAAGUUAAUUGAAAGAAAGUAAAAGUACAACAGGAACUACUGACAAGAAAGGAUACCACUAAGAUAACUGUUCUUGAAUAUAGGCCUAUUAAUAUUCUAUUUUCAUUCAAAUAUAGUAUUUUAGCCAACUCUACAAGCUGUAGGUGACGCUGUCCGUCCAUGCUGGUUGAAUGUGUGAGCUUCAAACAUGCCUGUUUGGUACUUUUUGGUUUAUUUAGUAUUUUGUGUGUUUUAAAUGAAGGUUUUUAAAUGUUAUAUUUUGCCUAUAGUUAGUAAGCUUGUUUUUAUGUAUUCUCUUUAACUUUUGGAAACUUCUCCUAUCUUGGUUUGUUUGAAGAAAAUGUUGCCAGUUAUAUAAUAGUAUUGUGAUUCGUUGUGGAACAAAUACUAGAGAAAGAAAACUGGAAAGCUUUUUCAACAUGAGUAAUCUAUACAGUCAGCCUGAUAGACAGCGACACCAUGUACAUGGAGAAGUUUCCCAUGCUCACAAAGUUUGCUGAAAGGGGACUGAACAGAUGUUAGUUUGUUUUUUUCUUUAAUUUACACACAUCUUUAUUAUUGAGUUUUUGAAUUGUUUCACUUUUGAAAGCUGAACAAAUAUGGACAGAAAUGAGAGUCCUGUGUGGACUGGAACACUCUGCUAACCAAAACAAACGUCAGGCUACAUCGCUCCAGUCUUCUGAUAUCAGAAAGCUCCUCAGUGCCUUACAUCUGUAGACGAUGCCACCUUGUGCUUUCCACUGUGCCUUUAACAACAAUGUGAAGCCCCUGUGGUUGGUACAAAAGAAAGGACUCACGGACUGCAGUUUUCUCCAUUUAUUUUUCCAAUGCUUUGGUAAUACUGUAUUGUGGUGAAGUGUGUUUCAGUCUCUGCAGACUUCUCUCCUGUAGUCUCCUCUCUAAAGGCUCCUGCAGUAACACUCCGCAUGUCCGUCUCAUCUUUAUUUCUUGUCCUCCAAACUGUGUUGACCUAGGUGCACUUAAACGUAUUUAUAAAAGGCAAGAGAUUGCAACUUUCAUAUGAAGAGAUAUUAAAUACUGAGCAUGAAAUAAUGUGUAAACUGGGCUAGUUGGCGUUUCUCAAUUACUGUAUGUGUGACAGAGUUUUCCCUUGUGGAUUAAGCGUUAAAAUAACCCUAAUGAAUGUUUCGUAGGCACUUUUUAAACUCUGCAGUGUGUUGGAAACAAGUGUAAUGUUGGACUGGGAAUAACUGGAACAAUACCUCACGCUGAAAUAUAGAAGGAGCCAUGCAUGUUUGUGCUACAACACACAAA